GCUACACAAAACUUAUUUGGUCACGCAUUUGAUGCUUGGCUCCAUGACUCGAAGCAUUCAAUAUUUUGGAUCAAUCUAUCAAUAAUCACAUCGUCAACCUUCUCGCCAUUCCCGAUCAAGGACCCAUCGAGAACUUAUUUUGACCACAUCUAUCUCAGUAUUUACACUGAACCUGAACUGCGACAAUGUCUGGCUUUGAUACGUACAAGACGCCCUUGGACUCGCGCUAUUCUAGCGCUGAGAUGAAAGCGCUGUUCUCCCAGCGCUCGCGUCAUGGAACUUGGAGAAAGCUUUGGAUUUAUCUUGCCGAGGCCCAAAAGGAGCUCGGUAUUGAUUCAAUUACCGAUGAGGCUAUUUCGCAGAUGCAAGCACACUUGACUCUCACCGAUGAGGAUUUCAAGACGGCUGCUGUUGAGGAAAAGCGCCGCAAGCAUGACGUCAUGGCUCACGUCCAUGCAUUUGGUGCUGUCGCACCUGCCGCUGCCGGCAUCAUCCACUACGGGGCAACUUCGUGUUAUGUUACUGAUAACGCUGAGUUGAUACUCAUGCGAGAUGGCAUGGAUCUGUUGCUGCCUAAGCUGGCAAAGGUUAUCGACAACUUGGCUCAGUUUGCCCUGAAGUGGAAGAGCGAGCCAACCCUCGGCUACACGCACUAUCAACCGGCACAGAUGAUUACUGUAGGCAAACGCGUUGCAGAGUGGGCCCAGGAACUCAUGAUGGACCUUGAAAAUAUUGAACAUGUCCGAAAGGAGCUCAAGUUCCGAGGUGCACAAGGUACCACAGGCACUCAAGCUUCGUUCAUGGAGAUUUUCCAUGACGACACUGCCAAGAUUGAUCGACUGAACGAGCUCCUCUGCGAGAAGGCCGGUUUCCCUGCUUGCUACGAUGUGAGCACCCAGACUUACACCCGAAAAGUCGACCUGAAUGUGGCCAAUGCAAUUGCUGGACUCGGCGCCACUGUAAUCCGCAUUACCUCAGACAUCCGUCAUCUUGCAAAUAUGAAGGAGAUGGAGGAGCCAUUUGAUAAGGAUCAAAUUGGCUCGUCGGCAAUGGCUUACAAGCGCAAUCCAAUGCGCUCGGAGAGAAUUGCAAGUCUCGGACGAAAGCUUGCUUCGUUACCUGUGAACUUCUCUAGCACAUUCUCCUCGCAAUGGAUGGAGAGAUCCCUCGACGAUAGCGCGAUCCGCAGAAUCGACAUCCCCGAGAUGUUCCUUCUGGCUGAUGCCGUUCUCAUUGGCAUGGACAAUGUCAGCGACGGACUUGUGCUCUACCCUAAACGUAUUGAUGCACACAACCGAGAGGAGCUUCCGUUCAUGGCUACGGAGAAUCUCAUCAUGAAGCUGGUAGCCAAGGGAGGCUCCCGCCAAGAAGCCCACGAGGAGAUCCGCGUUCUGUCACACCAGGCCAGUGACGUCGUCAAGAACCAAGGUGGAAAGAACGACCUCAUCGAGCGCAUCAAGUCCACGGAGUACUUCAAGCCCGUCUGGGACGAAGUCGAUGCUGCCCUCGAGCCCAAACUCUACAUUGGUCGCUCGCCGGAGAUUGUUGAUCGAUUCUGCGGCAAGGGCGGCGUCCUGGAGAAGAAGUUGAUGCCUUACAGAGACUAUAUCAAGAAGGCGGGCACUGCCCAGCUUAACGUGUAAGGGUUUUUUGUGCUGCUGGAAGUCUACUUCUGGGAGAGGGCGCAUAGCUGGGGCUAUUUCGAGGCGCGGCAUUCGGAUGCAUCAACGGCGUUAUGGGCAACUCUAGCUUGGCAAUGUGGAUUGCAAAGCUCACCGAAAAUAGGGUUAGAUGACUCAGAAUAGCAUACUGAAUGAACUGAUGUAUCGUAUGAAGCGAUGCCACAUGCUCUA